AUGUCGGAUACCUCCAAAGCCCAUCAUCUUUGUGUGUUAGUCCAUGGACUAUGGGGAAACCCUUCACACCUUGAUUAUAUCGCAUCUGCGCUGAAAGACAGAUAUAGCGACGAUGAUCUCUACAUCCUCUGCCCGAAAGCAAAUAGCGGCAAUUAUACCUAUGAUGGAAUCGAGCUAGGUGGAGAACGACUAGUGCAUGAGAUUGAGGAAACGCUCGAGUCUCUCGCUGAGAAAGGACAGAAGAUUACAAAGAUCAGCAUGGUUGGAUACUCACUCGGUGGUCUGCUCGCACGCUAUGCGAUUGGCUUGCUCAACGCCCAGGGUUGGCUGGAUAAGCUGGAACCGAUCAAUUUUACGACAUUUGCUACACCACAUGUUGGAGUGAGAGCGCCCCUCAAAGGAUACAAGGACCAGAUUCUCAAUGUUCUCGGACCAAAGACGCUCUCGGCCUCUGGACGCCAAAUGUGGCUGGUCGAUUCGUUCCGAGAUACCGGGCGACCGCUUCUCAGUGUUAUGGCUGAUCCCGAUAGCAUCUUUAUAACGGGACUGAAGAAGUUCCGACAGCGGUGUGCCUAUGCGAAUAUUGUGAAUGACCAGUCGGUCCCUUUCUAUACCUCUGCUCUUUCCAAAGUGGACCCAUUUCGAAAUUUGGAAGACUUGAACAUCAAUUACGUCGAGGGUUAUGAAGAUGUCAUUGUCGAUCCUGAUCUUCAUGUACUCCCUCCUUUGGAAAGAGAACACGGGAACACAGCAGCACGAAUUUGGAAAAAGCUGAGAUCACUAGGCAUCUGGAUACCACUGUCCCUCCUCUUGGUUGUUCUAGUACCAGUGGCUUCGUCAGUCUUCCUUAUCAACGCGGGGAUCCAAACGAUCCGCAGCUCAAAGCGGAUCCGUCUGCAUGAACUCGGCGAUAAUCUCGAGCGCUUCGGCAGAUACAGAGUGCCUGUUGUGGCCAAUUCUGUAGAGCACGCCGUGGAGCAGGCUAUCGAGAACGUCACCUCUACACAAGACCCCGCAUAUCUGUCCAACAGUGAUACCGAAGUUUCCGAUACGGCCCCUGAAAAGUCUCGUCGAUCUUCCUGCUCCAAUAGAAUAGAAAAUAUCGUCGACGCCGAGUCUGCAUCGGCUAGACGUUCAUCUAUAAACGCGGAUUCCACACAUGGGCAUACACUUGCACUGACGAAUGAUCAGUUCAGCAUCAUCGAAUCCCUGAACUCAGUGGGGUUCCGGAAAUACCCUGUUCAUAUUCAGAAGAUCCGACAUAGCCAUGCCGCUAUCAUUGUCCGAGCUGAUAAGGCUGGGCUUAGAGAGGGCAAGAUGGUGGUGAAGCACUGGUUGGAUAAUGAAUUUGUGGUAUGA